UGGUUGUCUUUCCUACAGGAUCAUACACGGUUUGUGAACUGUGUGAGAUUUUCUCCAGAUGGGAACAGAUUUGCUACAGCUAGUGCAGAUGGCCAGAUUUUUAUCUAUGAUGGGAAGACCGGGGAGAAAGUAUGUGCUCUUGGUGGAGGAAAAGCUCAUGAUGGAGGUAUUUACGCUAUUAGUUGGAGCCCUGAUAGCUGCCAAUUGCUUUCUGCUUCUGGAGAUAAAACUGCUAAAAUUUGGGAUGUUGGUGCUAAUUCUGUUGUCAGUACUUUCAACAUGGGAUCAAAUGUGUUGGAUCAGCAGCUGGGUUGCUUGUGGCAGAAAGACCAUUUACUGUCUCUUUCUCUCUCUGGCUAUAUCAAUUAUUUGGACAAAAACAAUCCGGAUAAACCUUUACGUGUCAUAAAGGGUCAUAGUAAAUCAAUUCAGUGUCUUACGGUGCAUAAAAAUGGUGGAAAGUCCUAUAUUUAUUCUGGCAGUAACGAUGGUCAUAUUAAUUAUUGGGAUUCUGACACUGGAGAGAACGAUGGCUUUUCUGGGAAGGGCCAUACAAACCAGGUUUCUAGAAUGGCAGUGGAUGAAAUGGAUCAGCUUGUCACCUGCAGUAUGGAUGACACUGUGCGCUAUACCAACCUUAGUAAGAGGGACUACAGUGGCCAGGAUGCUGUGAAAAUGGAUGUUCAACCAAAAUGUUUAGCUGUGGGUCCUGGUGGUUAUACUGUAGUUUUAUGCAUUGGACAAAUUGUCUUGAUGAAAGAUAAGAAAAAAUGUUUUGCAAUUGAUGACCUUGGCUAUGAGCCAGAAGCUGUGGCUGUUCACCCUGGAGGAGGUUCAGUAGCAGUGGGAGGAACGGAUGGGAAUGUCCGUUUGUACUCAAUCCAAGGAACCUCAUUGAAAAGCGAUGAUAAGACUUUGGAAGCUAAAGGUCCUGUUACUGACCUGGCAUAUUCUCACGAUGGUGCCUUUCUUGCAGUUUGUGAUGCAAACAAAGUUGUCACUGUCUUUAGUGUCCCUGAUGGCUAUGCGGAACAUAAUGUUUUUUAUGGACAUCAUGCAAAAAUUGUUUGUAUUGCCUGGUCACCAGACAAUGAACAUUUUGCUUCUGGAGGCAUGGAUAUGAUGGUAUAUGUUUGGACUGUAAGUGAUCCUGAGACCAGAGUCAAGAUACCAGAUGCUCACAGACUACAUCAUGUAAGCGGCUUGGCGUGGUUGGAUGAACAUACUCUGGUAACAACAUCCCAUGAUGCUUCUGUCAAAGAAUGGUCUAUUUCCUACAAUUGAAAUAAGCUGUUUCUUUGGAAGGACCUAAUCAGGGACUAGAACUACUGCAGUGGAACAUAGCAUUUCUCUUAAAGAAUCUGUAUUGGCCUCUGGGUCUGCUAUCAUAUCCUCAUAUCUUUACAGGGUGUUCAUAUCUGUAAUUAAAUGUACUUUGAAAGCUUUAGCCAGUAACAGUUUGCACAUGAAAAGCACUUAAAUUAUGUCUGGAGCUUAACCUUUGUGCUGAACAUUCCAGAGGCAACAGCCUAGCAAGUUGGCGUGAAAGAUUCAAACUCAAUCACUCAUUCUUUUCUAACCAAGAAACGUGAGACUGUACAGCAUGAGAGAAAUACUUCUCAUUUUUUCUAAUUACAGAACAUUUCUGUACUAACGGUCAUAGUAAGAAUAUUUAGUUGUGAUCUGAAACCAAUCAAGCUGUGUGCAGCUACUGUAUAUUGCUUUGCUUCUCUGUACUGCACCAAACUGUUGCCUCAGAUUUUUUCCUCCAGAUAACAAAAUGGGGUACAUACAUAAUAAACUUUUUAUGUAUUUCAUGUCAAAGCUUUUUGAUUUAUUUUAGGAUGAAAGUGUGGGGUUUUGGUGUACUUACUGUUGUGGGUAUAAUGUUUACGGAUAAUUGUUGUGGCAAUUUCUUGCUUCGGAAACACAUUUGUUACUUUCAUGGAUUAAGGAUGUCUGAUCAUUUCAAUGUCAGAAAAAAAUAAUUGUUUCAAAUAUUAAAGAUAUUUUCUGUUUGAAGGAGGAGAAGCAUGUUAUUGUUUUAAAAAUGCAGUACUUCUACCCCCUUUUUUAAAAGUACAGGAAUUAAACUAAGUGAAGCAUUGUUACGACUUGAAGUGCUUUUUGAGGAGAUAGCAUUUGCUGAGUAAGGUCCGUGCAUCUGCAUGUACAGAACAGUUGCAUGUAAGCCAUUAUCUAAUGCAAAUACAGAUCAUGCUCAUGUGUUCUUAAUCUACACUCUACAACACAUUUAAGUGAAAAGUUGAAAAAAUCCAACCAGGUUGGAGGAUAUUGGUGCAAAGCAGUGGGGAAACUUGUUACCGUCUCUGAUGGCCAAAAGUUGGUGGUGGUGUCCAGAAAACUUUGAAAGACUUGGAUGGUUCUUUUUGUUGCUUUUUCUUUAAACAAAAACUUUUCUCUGCUUAAGUCUUCAUUGCCACCACCUCUCCAGUCAUGUUUGGUUUUUAUUAAGCUUUCCUUUCUGUAUGGAUUUGUGUUGUUUUUCUUACCAAUCAUAUUUCUAAUGACACUAAUUAUACAGCAAAUAAAACACUUUUGCUGCUGCUUAUACUGUGGACCAUUGCUCAAUUGCUGAAAAAAAUUGACUAUCAAAAAUGUUGUAAUGAAACAGUUUUCAAAAGGAACUGAUUUAAGAUCCAAACAAUUUGUCAGGCCACUGUCUUGUUCUGCUAUUGCUUAUUGUGCUGUUCCUUGUGUGCUUCAUACGUUGUUCCCCAAAUCUCAUCUGGAAGCAUUGCUACUGAAUCUGCUCAGUGGAUUCCUUCAGUAAUUCAAUCUCUGUCAUACAGGUAAUGUUGAAAGCAAAGAAAGUUAUGUAGGUAUUUAUGGAUAAACUACAGAUUUCAGUGACAAUUUCUUUUGUUUUUGUAAGGAAUGAUUCUGCUAGUGAAAUGGUUGUGGGGUAUUCAGGAUUCUUGUUUGGGUUUUUUUGUGGGGAUUUUUUUCUUGAGGGGAAUGAGUGUUUCCUCAAGUCCCGUACCACUUCAGUUAUGUUCUUGGCUGUACACAAUGUCUGCAAAACGGUGUGUAGGAUGUGGUGUUUUCUGAUUCCUGAAAGACUCUGUAGUCAUAAAUUGUAUUACUGCCCAUGCUGAACACCUGUUAAACUUGAAACCCUGUGUUACGAUUCGUUUGGAUGCCUGCCCGAGGGGGGUGGUUGCUUGUGCCUCAGCUUCCAUUGGAUUUGCUUGUUGGCACAUGAUUUCAGUUUCUAAAUCCUUACAGGCUAACAUGGUCUUUGUAGUUGGAAGCAAAUCUGACUAUACAACUGCUUCUGCUGGACCAAAUGUCAGAGCACAGGCUCUUUUUUUGGCCUAGAGUAAGUUAGGUCACAAAUGUUGGAUUACUUCUGUUUGUCCCAAACUGAACAACUAAUGUCUCAAGUUAAACAUAAAGGUCAAGAAACAGUGAUGGGGUGUGAGCACCCAGCUACAGCAUGACAUACUUUCUAAUUUCAAUUCCACACACGUAUAUGCGUGCACAAAAAGUUGAGAUUUAUUUAACUGGGCUUUCCAUUGCUAACUUGUCAGAUAUGUCAUUUUUUUGUUGUUGUCACAAUAAAGAGAACAAAUACUG